CACAGCGCCGGGGUGGUCACGUGAUAAGGGCGGAAACUGCCUCCUAGUCCACGCUGAAUCUCCCGCGAACGCGGCCAUUUACUCUUUUCUCUCCUCGCAGCAGCACCGAUAAAGCGCAACUAUGGCGGAGUCAGUUGUUCAGUGUGUGGCGGUGUUCAAGCUGGUGUUGGUAGGAGAUGGAGGCACCGGAAAAACAACUUUUGUGAAGAGACACAUCACAGGAGAGUUUGAGAAGAAAUAUGUCGCUACUCUGGGAGUUGAGGUGCACCCUCUGAUGUUCCACACAAACAGAGGACCCAUCAGGUACAAUGUGUGGGACACAGCUGGUCAAGAGAAGUUCGGAGGCCUGAGAGAUGGAUACUACAUUCAAGCUCAGUGUGCUAUCAUCAUGUUUGACGUCACCUCUCGAGUCACCUAUAAGAACGUGCCUAACUGGCAUCGUGACCUGGUUCGUGUAUGUGAGAACAUUCCCAUCGUCCUUUGUGGCAACAAGGUGGACAUUAAAGACAGGAAAGUCAAAGCCAAGAGCAUCGUAUUUCACCGCAAGAAGAACCUGCAGUACUAUGACAUUUCUGCCAAGAGUAACUACAACUUCGAGAAGCCUUUCCUGUGGCUAGCAAGGAAGUUGAUUGGUGAUCCCAACCUGGAAUUUGUGGCAAUGCCCGCCCUCGCUCCCCCAGAGGUCCACAUGGACCCGACACUUGCUGCGAAGUAUGAGCAAGAGCUUCAUGUUGCAUCACAAACAGCACUGCCAGAUGACGAAGAUGACCUCUAACCUGUUCCCUGAAUUUUCCCUCUCCCUCCUAGCUGUGGACAGGAAGUUGUUGGGAGUCUUGCCCCCCCCCACCCCUUACUGUAAAAUCCCUUUUCAGAUUUUUUUUUAUUUUUGAAUUUUUUCUGUUUGUUUUAAAACUAAGAAAGAUAACUUGGUGGAAAAGUUGUGGUUCUAAUUUCACUGUAUAAGACACACCCCACCCUCGUGUAGUCAUUGGCAUGGCAACGUGCUACUCUUCAUCAUCGAGCACCCUCCGCUGCACUUAACCAGCCCACAGAAUGCUGUUGUAUGGUGUACUGGAAACACAAUGGGGAGUAAACUUUGAAUAAAAACAUUCUCAAUAUGA